AUGACAGAGCAAGCUCGAGGUAUCUUCGGCGUUCCCCUCAAUGUCAGCAUCAAGUAUGCAAACGUCGCCAUCUCCUUGACGGGUGAGAAUGGUAAAAGUCACAUUUAUGGAUACGUUCCCAUUGUGGUGGCCAAGUGUGGUGUCUUUUUGAAGGAUCGAGCUACCGACGUGGAAGGUAUCUUCCGUCUGAGCGGAUCUGCGAAGCGCAUCAAAGAUUUGCAGGAAAUCUUCAAUUCUCCCGAGCGAUAUGGAAAAGGUCUCGAUUGGUCUGGAUACACCGUCCAUGACGCUGCGAACGUCCUUCGUCGGUACUUGAACCAGUUGCCAGAGCCGAUCGUCCCCCUCGAGUUCUAUGAGCGCUUUCGCGAACCGCUGCGCGCCUAUCAGCGACAGACGCUAGACCAGACAGAACCCGUCGACACCGACCAGUUUGACCAUGCCAAAGCCGUCGAGACCUACCAGCGUCUGAUUGUGGAGCUGCCUCCUUUGAAUAAGCAACUGCUUCUUUAUAUCCUGGAUCUUCUGGCCGUCUUCGCGUCCAAAUCAGAUCAGAAUCGCAUGACCUCGGCUAACCUCUCCGCAAUUUUCCAACCGGGGCUGUUGUCUCACCCUCAGCACGACAUGUCGCCCGAGGAGUACAAGUUGAGUCAGGACGUCUUGAUCUUCCUGAUCGAGAAUCAGGACCACUUCUUGGUCGGUAUGAGUGGCACCACACCCGAUGAGCAGCAGGUGAAAGAAGUGGAGGCCGGUUUCCAGCCGGCCACUGCUUCCAAGGCGGAGAGUGGUCUUGGACCGCGUCCCUCGACGGCAUCGAACAUUCGGCGGUCCGUCUCAAAUGCGAGUGCGGGCAACGACAGCCACCGCAGGAUCGAUGGUCUUCGCAGAAAUGUUUCUGUAUCGUCUCGCAACUCCCGAAAUUCGCGCCAGUCAAGUAACGCUCCGAGCCCCGGUACACCGACCUCCAUCUCGGGCGGAGGUGUCCAUCGUAGCAACACCGUUCCGUCCAAGAUGGGACCUGCCGUUGCACAGGCUCGCUAUACUCGUGCUGCGGAACGUGCCGCUCAGAAUCCAUCCAAUUUGUCCGUCUCUCACCGCAGUUCACGAUCGCCGAUCGCUGCGCCAUCCUCCCUGGAGGACCCUGGGCAGUCACAGCCCGGCGCCGCUUCUUCUCUCGCGAGCCCCGGGACAACCUAUGUUCACACGUCUACUCAUGGUCCCAUACCAUUGGCAGCCGCUGAGAAAUUGAACAUCAUCGACCGUGCUACGCCCUUACCCAAUUACCAAGCACAAGGCUCCCCCAGAAGCCCCCCUCAGAGCAUUCCUCUUCAGGGUCUCACGAACACCCUGUCUCCGCCCCCGCAGGUUGUCACCCCUACGCGGGAGCGGAAGUUGGCCAGUUUCUUCUCGAAAUCGCCCCCACCCGAGGGAGAAACCCGACAGCCCAAUCGCCUGAGAAAGAAGCGUAUCCCAGGAAGUGCCAGUGUCAGUGCGCAAAGUUCGACCAACUCUCUCGACCCUCAUUGGGACUCCUCGCUUGAGGCGGCUGCGACGCAGAAGUCCACAGAGGCAGCCGUGGGUGACACUACUCCUAAGCCUCCAAGUACGGCUACCUUGGGCAACCGCGAAGCGGCACCUGAAUCGACCCCGACGCUGGGUGAUAGUUCAUCACACCCAAACACUGAUAGCUCCCUGAGACCUCAUCGGUCACGCACGCCUUCCAUGAACUCUCGGUCUUCCUUCACCGAUCAUUCGGACCUGGAUCAGCCUGAAGAUGGAUUGCGCUCGGACUAUAGGGACAAUCGUCGCAGCUGGCGAUUCCAUCGCACCGCGAAACGCAGCAAUGAGCAAAUGGGACUGGGCCUUGCCUCUCCCCCCUUACUCGCCGUGGACUCGGGGACUGAGAUGAGCAAUGCGUCGGUAGGCAGUGGAUCUCACCAAAGUUUCGAUCCUGCCGGUCAGCCGUUGGCACUGGAUGCGGGCAUCCAGGGCAACUCUAUUUCCACCAACGAACCGGAAAAGAGAAGUUUAUUCGGCAAGUUCAAGGCGAAGAUGGCGCAGGUCGUGAAGGAUGAACGUGAACGCGCGAAGAGCCCGACACAGUCGGAACCAGAGUCGGGCGCGGCAAAUCAAUCGCCGCCACCACGCUCUUCCCAGGCCAACGGCAAUCCUCCCACUGAAGUGCCUGCUGGCCAGGCCAAGGAGGAAACUCUCAGGCCACCUACAUCUCCUUCACCAGCGGCCGGAUUUCCUCCAGUCAUCCCCGAGGAACCGCCUAGCCCGGAGGCGCCUUCUGCGGCUGCAGAGGAGCCGACGAGAUCCCUGGGACCAGAAGAAACGGCGCCUCUCGAAGCUUCUUCUGCGCCGGUGGACUCGGCUCCUCCGGUUGACCCUUCAAAAGACUGA